AUGAAUUCAAUUCGUUCAUGUAUUGAACAACAAUUAAAUGAAAUGGAAUUAUUGCAUUGUUGUUAUCCAUCAGCAGACGAAUUUCAUUUUGAUGAUAUUGAAGCAAUUACUGACGCUAAACAAUUUAUUGAUGAAAAACGAGAUUAUCUCCAAAGAAAUCUUGGCUUUAUCAUUAAACUUCGUCUAAACGAUAUUAAUACAACUAUCGAACUUCAAUUUAUCUAUCCACUUCAUUAUCCCGAAUCACCAGUGGAUAUUCAUUUACGUACUUAUCUAUCACGUGAAUGUUAUGAAAAAUUCAAUGAAUCUGUAAAAAGCUUUUUAAAUAAUAAAACAUCUUCACAAGAACCGUAUGUUAUGGAAUUUCUUUCGUGGAUCCAAGAUAAUCAAACUCUUUUUCUUGUGUCGAAUGAUACAACAGCUAAACUAACAAAUGAACAAAUUAUAACGAAAAAGAACUUUACUCGUCUUUGGAUCUAUAGUCAUCAUAUAUAUAAUAUAGACAAACGACGAAAUAUUAUUAAUUGGGCUCACGAAUUACAUUUAAGUGGUUUUUCGAUGCCUGGUAAACCAGGAAUUAUAUGUGUUGAAGGACAAGAAUCUGAUGUCGAUGAAUAUUGGGCACGUUUAAGAAGUUUAACAUGGAAAAAAUUACAAAUAAAAGAAAACGAAUCUUUGGGUGAUAUUGAAGAUAAUAGAUUAUGUUUUAAUCAAUUUCAAGAACUUGCUUUUCUUCACGAUAAUCAUACUAAACAAGAUUUAGGACAAUUUUAUCAAUAUUUACAAGAUAAACAAUUAGAAAGAAUAUUCGUAUUUUUUUUCAUGAAUCAGCAGCAAACUAAUAAACGAUUGCCUAGACCUGAUCUUCGCAUUAGUCCAUCACAAUGGAGUGCAGCACAGAAAGGUGGUACUAGUUCACGAGUUGCUAUUGUUGCAACUGUAACAGCUGUGAUUGGUGGACUUAGUCUUGUAUUUCUCUAUCCUUAUAUGAACAUUGAACAAUUUCGUAGCGUACAAAAAGCUAAUCGAGCUGGAAUUCAUGCGGAAGAUGUACAACCAACUGGCUUACCUAUUUGGCGUGAUCCAUUCGAUAGAAAAAAAUCUGCCUAA